AUAGGCAGAGAUUUCUGUUUUGAUUCAGUAGCGAUUCUGUCCCCUGUAAAGAGGCUCCAGAGGCACCAGUUGCUCGGCUGAAAAGCAGACCCACGGCUCACAUUGGCCUUCAUUCACUCCGUCACUGCCAAGACUUUAAGAUGUCGAAGAAGCUGUUGCUCUUAGAUGUUGACUGUGGGGUGGAUGAUGCCCAAGCGAUCAUGAUGGCUCUUGCAGCUCCUAAUGUACACGUCCUGGGUAUAAUGUGUACUCAUGGAAAUACAAACAUUGAAAACGUGUGCAAAAAUGUACUUCGAGUGCUAAAGGUUUGCCAGAGGACAGAGAUCCCCGUAUAUCGUGGUGCAGGUGCAUCGAUUCUGGAAGAGCAGUUAAAUGCUGGCCAGUACCAUGGAAAAGAUGGUCUAGGUGAUGUUCCAGAUUGUAAUGCUCCAGGGCUGGAACACCUACAAGCUGAACAUGCAGUAAAUGCCAUCACAAGAAUAGUCACUGAACAUCCUGGUCAGGUCUCGCUUGUGGCUACUGGCCCCCUGACCAACAUUGCUUUGGCAUUUAAAAUGGACCGCACCUUUCCGUCGAAGUUAAAGCAUCUGUACAUCAUGGGAGGAAACAUGGAAAGCAGGGGGAAUGUGGGGAUCUGUUCUGAAUUUAAUUUUGCAGCAGAUCCUGAAGCAGCUUAUAUUGUCUUGAAUCACUUUACUUGUCCCAUGUAUAUUACAACUUGGGAAUAUUGUCUUCGCCAUGUGCUACCUUGGGAGUUUUUUAAGGAGUGGGUAAACCAAGGCACUGAGAAAGCUUGCUUCAUGAAGAAGAUAACAGCACACAGUGAAAAAUUUGCCAAAGACAAGCAAAGCAAAGGGGAAUUGUAUUUUCGUCCCGGCUUUGUGUCCUGUGAUUCUUUUGCAGUGGCAGCUGCUAUUGAUGAGAGUGUUGUUACUGAAUACAAGAGAUAUGGAGUAAGUGUGGAGUUGCAAGGUUCAGUGACCAGAGGGAUGAUGAUUGUGGAUACACUUAACACACUGCAAAAAGAAAAUCAAGCUUUUAUUAUGACAAAAUGUGAUGCUGAGAAGUUAAAGCAGCUCAUGAUGUCUGCCCUGAAGUAGCAGCUAAAAUAACACAGGCAAAAAUAAAAUUGAUCACAAAUAUCAGUAGACGUUUUAGAGUGCAUAGUGUGAAUUUGCCUUUACUGUCAAGUGACUUUUCCUGUUUUCUAUCAAUUUACUAGAGUGUUUCUUUCACUUCUACUUGGUUUUGC